CCCCGCGAAGGAAGCCCCGCCCGCCGCCGCCCCGCCCAGGCCCGCAGCGCGGCGCUGCAGCGCGAGGGGCGGAGAGGCAGAGAGCCGAGAGAGGAGGACCAGACGCCCAGGUCGCCUGCAUCCCUGUGCCGCAGGAGCGAGCAAGCGCGCCCCGGCCCUGCUCCUCAGCCUUCGCCCGGGCGCCCCACCUGCUUCCUCGGUCCCAGAGACCGAGCACCUGUCCUCCGCCUCGGCUUCAGCUGAGCCCCCCUCCUCCGGAGCGCGCACAGCCCUGCUGCCCGAGAAGUGCCCCAGCCUGUCGCCGGCGACCACCAUGGCGGAGACCAACAACGAAUGCAGCAUCAAGGUGCUCUGCCGAUUUCGGCCCCUGAACCAGGCCGAGAUUCUGCGGGGAGACAAGUUCAUCCCAAUUUUCCAAGGGGACGACAGCGUCGUUAUUGGGGGGAAGCCAUAUGUCUUUGACCGGGUGUUCCCUCCAAACACGACCCAGGAGCAAGUUUAUCAUGCAUGCGCCAUGCAGAUUGUUAAAGAUGUCCUUGCUGGCUACAAUGGCACCAUUUUUGCUUAUGGACAGACAUCCUCAGGGAAAACACAUACCAUGGAGGGAAAGCUGCAUGACCCUCAGCUGAUGGGAAUCAUUCCUCGAAUUGCCCGAGACAUCUUUAACCACAUUUACUCCAUGGAUGAAAACCUUGAGUUCCACAUCAAGGUUUCUUACUUUGAGAUUUACCUGGACAAAAUUCGUGACCUUCUGGAUGUGACCAAGACAAAUCUAUCUGUGCAUGAGGACAAGAAUCGGGUGCCAUUUGUCAAGGGUUGUACUGAACGCUUUGUGUCCAGCCCAGAGGAGAUUUUAGAUGUGAUUGAUGAGGGGAAAUCAAAUCGUCACGUGGCUGUCACCAACAUGAACGAACACAGCUCUCGGAGCCACAGCAUCUUCCUCAUCAACAUCAAGCAGGAGAACAUGGAGACCGAGCAGAAGCUCAGUGGGAAGCUGUAUCUAGUGGACCUGGCAGGGAGCGAGAAGGUCAGCAAGACCGGAGCAGAGGGAGCCGUGUUGGACGAAGCAAAAAAUAUCAACAAGUCACUGUCAGCCCUCGGGAACGUCAUCUCCGCGCUGGCUGAGGGCACAAAAAGCUACGUUCCCUAUCGUGACAGCAAAAUGACACGGAUCCUCCAGGACUCUCUGGGAGGAAACUGCCGGACAACUAUGUUCAUCUGCUGCUCACCAUCCAGCUACAACGAUGCGGAGACCAAGUCCACCCUGAUGUUUGGGCAGCGGGCAAAGACCAUUAAGAACACUGCCUCGGUGAAUCUGGAGUUGACUGCUGAGCAGUGGAAGAAGAAAUAUGAGAAGGAGAAAGAGAAGACAAAAGCUCAGAAAGAGACGAUCGCAAAGCUGGAGGCUGAGCUGAGCCGGUGGCGCAGCGGAGAGAACGUGCCUGAGACAGAGCGCCUGGCUGGGGACGACGCAGCCCUGGGAGCUGAGCUCUGUGAGGAGACCCCCGUGAAUGACAACUCGUCCAUCGUGGUGCGCAUCGCGCCUGAGGAGAGGCAGAAAUACGAGGAGGAGAUCCGCCGCCUCUAUAAGCAGCUCGAUGACAAGGAUGAUGAGAUCAACCAGCAGAGCCAGCUCAUAGAGAAGCUUAAGCAGCAGAUGCUGGACCAGGAAGAGCUGUUGGUGUCCACCCGAGGAGACAAUGAAAAGGUCCAGCGGGAGCUGAGCCACCUGCAGUCAGAGAAUGACGCUGCUAAGGAUGAGGUGAAGGAAGUGCUACAGGCCCUGGAGGAGCUGGCCGUGAACUACGACCAGAAGUCCCAGGAAGUGGAGGAGAAGAGCCAGCAGAACCAGCUUCUGGUGGAUGAGCUAUCUCAGAAGGUGGCCACCAUGCUGUCCCUGGAGUCUGAGUUGCAGCGGCUACAGGAGGUCAGCGGACACCAGCGAAAACGCAUUGCUGAGGUGCUGAAUGGGCUGAUGAAGGACCUGAGUGAGUUCAGUGUCAUCGUGGGCAACGGGGAGAUUAAGCUGCCGGUGGAGAUCAGUGGAGCCAUCGAGGAGGAAUUCACGGUGGCCCGACUCUAUAUCAGCAAAAUCAAAUCAGAAGUCAAGUCUGUGGUCAAGCGCUGCCGGCAGCUAGAGAACCUGCAAGUCGAAUGUCAUCGCAAAAUGGAAGUGACUGGGCGGGAACUCUCCUCCUGUCAGCUCCUCAUCUCCCAGCAUGAGGCGAAGAUCCGCUCGCUUACAGAGUAUAUGCAGAGCGUGGAGCUAAAGAAGCGGCAUCUGGAAGAGUCCUAUGACUCCCUGAGUGACGAGCUGGCCAAGCUCCAGGCCCAGGAAACUGUGCAUGAAGUGGCCCUGAAGGACAAGGAGCCAGACACACAGGACGCAGAUGAAGUGAAGAAGGCCCUGGAGGUGCAGAUGGAGAGUCACCGGGAGGCCCAUCACCGGCAGCUGGCCCGGCUCCGGGACGAGAUCAAUGAGAAGCAGAAGACUAUCGAUGAGCUCAAAGACCUGAAUCAGAAGCUCCAGUUAGAGCUAGAGAAGCUUCAGGCUGACUACGAGAAGCUGAAGAAUGAAGAGCAUGAGAAGAGCAGCAAACUCCAGGAGCUGACAUUUCUGUAUGAGCGACAUGAACAGUCCAAGCAGGACCUCAAGGGUCUGGAGGAGACAGUUGCCCGGGAACUCCAGACCCUCCACAACCUUCGCAAACUGUUCGUUCAAGACGUCACGACUCGAGUCAAGAAAAGUGCAGAAAUGGAGCCCGAGGACAGUGGGGGGAUUCACUCCCAAAAGCAGAAGAUUUCCUUUCUUGAGAACAACCUGGAACAGCUUACAAAGGUUCACAAACAGGUGGAUGACUGGGUUUCAAAGCUGGUACGUGACAAUGCAGAUCUGCGUUGUGAGCUUCCUAAACUGGAAAAACGACUUAGGGCUACGGCUGAGAGAGUUAAGGCCCUGGAGGGUGCACUGAAGGAGGCCAAGGAGGGCGCCAUGAAGGACAAGCGCCGGUACCAGCAAGAAGUGGACCGCAUCAAGGAGGCCGUUCGGUAUAAGAGCUCCGGCAAGCGGGGCCACUCUGCUCAGAUUGCCAAACCUGUCCGGCCCGGCCACUACCCAGCAUCUUCACCCACCAACCCCUAUGGCACCCGGAGCCCUGAGUGCAUCAGUUACACCAACAGCCUCUUCCAGAACUACCAGAAUUUGUACCUGCAGGCUGCACCUAGCUCCACCUCCGACAUGUACUUUGCAAACUCCUGUACCAGCAGUGGGGCCACGUCUUCCGGAGGUCCCUUGGCUUCCUACCAGAAGGCCAACAUGGACAAUGGAAAUGCCACAGAUAUCAAUGACAACAGGAGUGACCUGCCAUGCGGCUAUGAGGCUGAGGACCAGGCCAAGCUGUUCCCUCUCCACCAAGAGACGGCAGCCAGCUAAUCUCCUUACGGACUGCCGCAUACCUGCACUUUCAGUUUCUAAGAGGGACUGAGGCCUCUUCUCUCAGCAUGCUGCAAACCUGUGGUCUCUGAUACUAACAACUCCCUCCCCAGCCCUUGUUGUUUGACUGUACCGUUUGAUGUCUACUCUUACUCUGUAUCUCUUUGUACUCUGUAUCUAUAUAUCAAAAGCUGCUGCUAUGUCUCUCCCUUCUGUCUUACUCUCUAAGUAUCUAAUGAUGUAUUUAGCAAUUUCUAAGCAUAGUAUACCCUCCUCAUUUGGGGUAAUAGGGAGGAGGGUGAAUGUUUCUUCUUUCAAACACGCGUCUCUCACACUGAGUGGUGUUAGUCACGGAGAUGGUAAAAGGAAAAAUGGGAGCUAGAGGGCUGUGAUCCUUCUCUCUCUCUCUCUCUCUCUCUCUCUCACUCACACACACACACACAUACGCACACACGCACACGCGCACACACACGCACACAAAGCCUUAAGCAGAAGAAUGUCUUAGCAUCAUAAGAAGAUACAGAAAUAGACUCUUCCUCCCUCCUCUUUCACAUAUAGCACAGGGGAGGGUAAAAUGGAAGGACUGCUAAAUUACAUGUAGAAUUUUAUUCAUAUACCCCUCAUCUGAACGGAGGGAGUCCGGGUGUGCAACUCUACCCUCCAAAGUGUACCUUGGGCCUCCCUCUUCCUGUCCCCUGACCCCCCGUCCCGAUGACCGAGGACAUGGAUUGUUCAAGGGACUAUUUCCCUUUCUCCUCAAAACUCCUUUUGAUAUUCUCUGCCCCAGAACUCAUGAACAGAACCUAGAGUUAACUUAAAAUAUUUUGAGAAUUUGAGGAGGCAGACACUUCACAACAGUCUGUCAAAUGGUUGCUCAUCUGUCAGGUGAUAGUUAUAGGCAAGCAUAGCCAAUGAUUGCUUCUUUGGGUUUGGGGGGGUGAACACACUGGGAAAUUCCAAGUGUUUUUUGCCACGGUGAGGAGCUGGAUUCUUUUCUCUGUCCCAUAUUGGGCUGCAUGUUCUUCCCAUCUCCACCUUUUGGUUUGGGACCUUCCAGUUCAUUGACAAAAUAUCUAUCUCAAGAUGCUUUCCUUUCAGGCUAGAGCCUCACUUUACCCCAUGAUAUGUCAAAAAAUUUCUCUUGACACAAAUCCUUUGAUAAUAUGUCCCCAUCUGGUACUAAGUGCACUUUAAAGAAAGGGGCAGAGCAGACUGGGGGGAGGAUGGUUAGAGGGGAGUGCUCUUUCCCCAGCACCACCCCAUGUAAUUGAUAGGACUGUUAUUUUAGUGUCCUUCCACAUGGUGCUAGGGUGGUUUUCUAGGUAACUGCAGGGAUGGAGAGUGGAGGUCAUAAGUCGCUCCAAAUCAAGAAACAAAGCCUGGUGUCCAAAUACCCAGUCUUACGUAGGGUGGAAGAACAGGAUCCCCCAGCAGGGCAACCAUCACCUAGUUUCGAAGUCAGGGAAGAACGCUUGGUGUGAGUACCAGCUGGCAAAUAUAGGUUGUAUCGGCCUGUGACUCCUUCAAGGGAAAAGGUUCCUUCCUCUGUUACCUGUUGGGCCCCUUUUUAGCAAUUAGGGAGACAUGCAGGGAAAAAUAUACCAGAAGGGUGUAGAGUAAAUCCAAAGCAGUGAUAUUCAAGCAUUUUUCAAAACAACUCUUUUAUGGAACCCCGAUAUAAAAAAUAACUAAAAGUGAUGCAGAUCUGGGCAGUUUCCAUUUUCUUUAUUUGGUGGAAAAUGCUUCCUUGGUGGAGCAGCUCUUAAAUAGUCUUAAGAGUUUAGAACCUGAGGGUUCUAUAAAGUAGUUUGAAAACCACUGCUCUGAAGGAAAGGGGUUCCAAUCUGCCUCCCCUGCCCCAAGCCCAUAACCUAGAGCAAAGAGGGAAAGUCCCGAUGGGAGAAGAAGGAAGCUACCUAUGCCCCUGUAGACUUGAGCUAAGAUUUGCCAACAGGGCACCUCAGAAUCACUUGGGCUUUAUUUAAUCUUGCCACCAAAUGAUUCUUUUAAAACACUUAAGAAACUGUGAAGGUGUAGGGCAGAUGAGGAGAGAGAUGUAAGGGAAAUAUAAUUCACUUACAUAAAUAAGAACACACACACAAGGCCUUCACCAGAAGCUUCACUCUACAUCCCCCCACCCCUUCCCACCACCACAGCAUCCCUUUCGGAGAGCUAGGGUCACCACAAAGGGGCACCUGGCCUGCCCACUCACAUCUGCCAAAAUGUUGCAUGCCAGCGUGGAAGACAAACCAAACCGCACAAACCCCAGUGUGUAUUUACUUGAUGUACAUAGAUACCUUGAAAAUAAAAUAAAUUCAACGAUGA